AUGUGUGGUGAAACUGGAGGCAAAGUGCCUCUCAGUUUAGAAGAGAAAAAAAAUUUAAUUACUAGAAAUCUUCAAGAAGUAUUAGGAGAAGAAAAAAUGUUAGAAAUUUUAAAAACGAGAGAAUUGAAAAUAUAUUGGGGAACUGCUACGACAGGAAAACCUCACAUUGCAUAUUUUGUACCCAUGUCUAAAAUUGCAGAUUUUCUAAAAGCAGGAUGUGAGGUAACUAUUCUAUUUGCUGACCUUCAUGCAUAUUUGGACAAUAUGAAAGCACCAUGGGAGUUAUUAAGUCUCAGAACAACAUAUUAUCAACAAAUCAUUACAGAAAUGCUUAAAUCUAUUAAUGUUCCCACUGAAAAGCUUAAAUUUGUUAGAGGAUCAGACUAUCAGCUUAGCAAAGAAUACACUCUUGAUGUUUAUAAAUUAUCUACCUUAAUAACGGAGCAUGAUGCUAAAAAAGCUGGAGCUGAAGUUGUGAAACAAGUCGAACAUCCAUUACUAUCUGGUUUGCUUUAUCCCGGACUCCAGGCUUUAGAUGAAGAAUAUCUUAAAAUAGAUGCUCAAUUUGGUGGCGUCGAUCAAAGGAAAAUUUUUACUCUAGCUGAAAAAUAUUUGCCUCAAUUAGGAUAUACCAAAAGGGUGCAUCUAAUGAAUUGCAUGGUGCCAGGAUUAACUGGAGCCAAAAUGUCUUCGUCGGAAGAAGAUAGUAAAAUAGAUUUGCUGGAUUCUCCGGAAGCUGUAAAAAAAAAAUUAAAAAAAGCUUUUUGCGAGCCUGGAAAUAUUGAGGAUAAUGGCGUUCUAGCUUUUGUCAAACAUGUUAUUUUUCCAAUAUUUAUUCAAGAUGGUAAAUUUGUUGUUAAAAGAUCUGAAGAACAUGGUGGAAAUAUGGAAUUUGGGUCUUUUGAAGCUAUACAAGAAGCAUUCGCUUCAUUGCAACUUCAUCCCGGUGAUUUGAAACUAGCUGUGGAAGGUUACAUUAAUCAACUGUUAGCCCCUAUAAGAAAAGCUUUCGAUACACCUGAAUUAAAAAAAUUGACAAACUCUGCUUAUCCAGCACCUACCAAAAAUAAAAGCAACAAACAACCAGCUGUCGAAGAAUUAACUCCUGCAAGAUUAGAUAUUAGAGUUGGAAAAAUUGUAGAAGUUUCAAAGCAUCCAGAUGCUGAUUCUUUAUACGUUGAAAAAAUAGAUGUGGGAGAUGAUGAGCCUAGAACUGUUGUAAGUGGACUCGUUAAUUAUAUAUCCAUAGAAGAACUGAAAAAUAAAUUAGUUGUCGUACUUUGUAAUUUAAAACCUGUUAAAAUGAGAGGAAUCGAAUCAUGUGGUAUGGUUUUGUGUGCGUCCAAAGAUGAACCUAAAGAAGUUGAAAUUUUGACUCCUCCUGAAGGUAGCCAAGGUGGCGAUAAAAUUUUUGUCGAUGGAUUUACAAACGGAACUCCAGAUGAUGUAUUAAAUCCCAAAAAAAAAAUAUGGGAAAAGCUUCAGGAAGACUUGAAAACGAAUUCAGUUUGCGAAGCAUGUUGGAAAGACAAUCAAUUGUUAACCAAAAAUGGAGUUAUCAAAUGCAAAACAUUGAAAAAUACAUUUAUUAAAUAA